AUGCCUGAAGAAACCCCUGGACCUCCAAAGAAACGUGCCAAGAUUGUGAGUGCAUGUGCUGAAUGCCGAAGAAAAAAGACAAAAUGCAAUGGAGAGCAACCUUGCCGAAACUGUCAAAAGUCAGCAGUCCAUUGUAUUUACCCUAGUUUACAACAAGAUGAUAAGCGAAAUGGACUAACAAGGGCUGCUUUGGAGUCAAUUGAAGAAAGGUUAAAAAAUAUCGAAGACAUGUUGAGAGCCGUUCUGUCCAACCAACACACAAUUGAUCCAAACUUUCAAAGAUUGCCUUCGAUCCAUGAUCUUUCGGCAUCUUCGGCUUAUGACAAUAAUAAUAGUAGUAAUAACAAUAGUAAUGAUAAUAACGACAACAAUAAUAAAUAUGUACCAUCCACUGGCUAUGCGUAUUAUCUAAAAGAAUCAUCUACACCAACAACCAUACAACCACCUGUCAUCAAUACUAUGGCUCAACCUAUGAAGAAGCGGAAACGAUAA